GUGGGACUAUUCUUAGGAUAGAAGUGAAUGAACUUGAGAGCUGUGUAGAGGAAUAGUUUGGAAUUGGAUGAGUUCUUUUUUCAUAGUUUACUUGCAUUAAGUUAGAAGGGAAUCACGGUCGACUAGCGCUGGCUGACUGCGACAUCUAGCGCCUCGACUCCUGGACUUUGGCGGAGCGACGAAAGUGACUGCUACAAAUGGGCCCCAAAAAUCAAUGCUUUAGAUUCAGUAGCGCGCUAUUCGAUAUGUGAUUUAGUGGAGGUGUCACUGGUCCUGAUAGCAGUCUUGUGCUCAGGUGAAAGAAUUGAAUGGGAUAUUGAGUCGUAAAGUUGUUGAGGUCAAUAGUAACUUUUAUAUAGGUCAAUAUCACAGGUGUGUUGAGCCUUUGAACACUGUCACAGGUCAAUAUCACAGGUGUGUUGAGCCUUUGAACACUGUCACAGGUCAAUAUCACAGGCGUGUUGAGCCUUUGAACACUGUCACAGGUCAAUAUCACAGGUGUGUUGAGCCUUUGAACACUGUCACAGGUCAAUAUCACAGGUGUGUUGAGCCUUUGAACACUGUCACAGGUCAAUAUCACAGGUGUGUUGAGCCUUUGAACACUGUCACAGAGUCACAUGGUUUUUGAUGUUUCUACAUUCCAAGUUUCAGAAACUUUGCCACUGUCUUUAAAUUCCUGACUUGCCCGUAGGUGACCAGCUUGGGUAUCUACCGGACAUGACGUCAAAGUUUGAUUCCUUCAGAACCAAAACAAGAUCUACAUAAAUCCUUUGUGUAGUCUACAUUGGAUGUCAAUAACAAAAGCGCUAACCGCUGGUCAAGACCAAUGGAUAUAUUCAAGUUUCUACUUUUAAUGGUGGAAUGUUUCCUCUUCACUGUACAAUCUGCUGUCCAAGCCAAGAGCCACUUUUUCUACCUGACCAACUUCUGCUCUAAGACAUUCCACGUACGACACAGCGUGAACGUUGCCUUGACCCCUAUUGACAAACUUCCAUCAGAAAGAAGUCGUGACUUUAUAAGCUGUUGGGUCGACCUCAAAGCCGUUGAAGGGUUGGGCCUACUGGUUCAUUUCACUCAUCUGAACAUCUCGCCAGUCAGAGGUCACAGCGACCAUCUUCAUCUGUACUCCAUGGUACCUUACAAGAAGAGAGUGUCACCUAAGCAAGGUAUUUAUGGUCACCUCAACGACACUUCAGGUUCACAAGUCUCGGAUUACAAAAUAUUGAAUGACACUAUCAGAAUAGAAUAUUUUGGUUUGCCAACAUCCACCUACCCUGGAUUUCAGCUUCUUGUGAGCGCUUUUUAUGAGCCAGACCCUAAAAGUAAAUGUCGAGAGAAAUAUCUUCAUUGUCCAGUUACAGACAUAUGUAUAGCUGGCCGUCUGGCUUGUGAUGGAGACCCAAACUGUGGUCAGCGUGACGUUGGGGAUGAAGUGGGAUGUGACCGAGAUGAUACAGUCACUGAUCUUUUGACCAAGUAUUCAUUAACAAGGGACAUAAUUGUUGUGAUACUGCUUCCACUAAUUGUCUUUCUUCUCUGUGUAUUUAGUCUGUUUUGUAUGGCCCAGAAGGUUAUUAAACACACACUUGAAAAACAUCUUACAUUUAGAGUUGGCUUUACAAAGCAACAAGAUGGUCGAGUUAUUCUUCACUACAAUCAGACAACUGAAGAGGGACUUCCGGCCUAUGAAGACAUCAUGCAACCUUCGCCUGACGAGCCGCCAUCUUACAAUUCAGCCUGGAACAGGACAAAGAUGGAGUCGAGCUGUUACUUCAGUAAACUCGUCCAUGUCUCAAGAGUUCCAUCGAGCUCUCCCAUACCAGAGUCACUAGAGGAGUACGGAGCUUGUGGAGGGGAGGGGAGUGAAGCUCCCCAAGACUGGAGCUCCGAUGAGGAUGAAGGCGUGACUCGCCAGCACAGAGAAACAGCUCACAGUCCUAACCGGAUGUCAAACUGCCAGCAGGCUACAUGCGCCAUUGAUAAAGUAUGACACAUCACUACGUUGCCUUGGUUACCAUAGCUGUUCAGGAUGUCCACACUUCCAUAUGUGUUCACUCAGGACUUGUAUUUAAAUAUUAUCACACUUGGACCAUGCAAUUCAUUCUACAUUGUAUGGAAACAUUUAGUUUAAGUUAAUGUCAUAUUGACAUGACAUCUUCCAAUAUCAUCGUCUAAUUGACAUUUGAGAGUUUGUAAAAACAAAACAUAUUGUAUGUCAUAAAAACAUGUCAGUUACAUCUGCAUUAGUUUUAUUACUUGUUCUGCAUCACAGCUACGUCAACCAAUCCCAAAACAUCUUCUAGAAAUAGAUUGGAACUUACAUCCAAAUGUUUGUACAAGUUUAUACUUCACUGAAACUUCAAUAGUAUGAUUCAUCCAUGAAGCAGUCACAGCCAUAGACAUAUAUAUGGUCACAACUAGGUUUUACAUGUAUAUAUAUUUUAUAUGCAAUGCUAUAGUUUGUUUUUUUUUCUUUUAAACUUAGAAUGACUCUAAUGUUCAGUUAGAAUGACUGUAAUGUUAGUUAGAAUGACUCUAAUGUUCAGUUAGAAUGACUCUAAUGUUCAGUUAGAAUGACUCUAAUGUUCAGUUAGUUUGACUAUAAUGUUCAGGUUGUUCAUUUGUUCAGUUUUUGUGAAACAUUAUUAGAAUGUCAAUUAAUACAAUUUCUGCCACCCUGAA